AUGGAAUCAUACGCCAGAGAUGCAGCAACCCGUGCUGCAACACAGGCGGCAAAGGAUACGGGCAAAAAGGGCUUCCAGCUCUUCAAGUCUGACAUGAGUUCUAGGAACUUCAGGCUCGGAUUGCUAUCUGGAGCGGCUUCCUUCGCAACAGGGAUCGGCUACAUUCCCCGUCUACAUUUGAUCAUCCUCUUUGGCAUUCUCGCCACCGUUCAGGGGAUAAUUGUUUAUUUUGUGGAGAUUCCAUUUUUGUAUCGGAUUUUCCGGGUUCCUGAUUUUUUCAUUUCCUUCGUCAAACGGUUCGAAGUUAACUGGGCCCGUGCUCUGUAUUAUGCAGUGAAUGCAGUGAUACAGUGGCUUUCGUUGUUUGCGUAUGCCAGUGCUCUUCUGUUUGUGGCCAUACUGUACAGUCUAACUGCGGUCUGCUACGGAAUUGCCUGGGCUUCCAGGCAGAGCUUCCACGAUGGCGAGUCCAAUGACGAGAUCGUUGACGUUGAACCUGGCGAUCCUGAGUUCAGGACUGCGUUGUAA